AUGAGAGGAGGCAACGACCUUUUGACUUUCGGCCGGCAAGCAGAGUUACGUAACUUGGGCGCUUGUUUAAAAGACUUCACUUUUUUCGCGAUGCCUCGAAUCUGUCAUGCUCUCUUGACAGAAUUCUCGGCGCCGGGAAGUUGGGGGGGCAGAGCUGUUGACAUGCUCGCUGCUCCACUUGAACACGCGUCAUUCCUCGCCUUUGAUGAAGAGCCACUUCGUCUUCUGCUGGCGGUGAGACGCAGACUCGACGUUGGUUACGUUCGCUUGAAGCGGGGACAAAUGGGAGACGAACACUAA